AUGGAUAUCUUCGCAGUGAUUUUAGCUGUGGUGGUGGUGCUAGCGUCGGCUUACGUAGCGGCUAAUCUCGCCUCGCCAGACAGGGUACCACUUCACGACGUGUACGCUGUUCCUGGGCGUUGGUACUUGCUAAAAUACGUCACAGCAAAAUGGCUGCUGUGGUGGAGCCGAGAAAGGAAAUGUACCAUCAAAAAGAGGACGAUGAACUACCACAUGAUGCAAGAUAAGACCAAGGACAACGGUGAGAUGGAAUUUUACAAUGGAACAGAGAAGGGCCAGAACUGCCUUUACAUCAGUGGCGCAAGCAACGGCGGUACGGCCCGACUAACGGUCCGGGUGUCUGUUCAGCCCGACGACCGGCGUGACGUCUGGUUCCUCCUGCGGCUACCGGACGUGGGCGACCUAGUCUUGCCUGGCCAUCCCGACUGCGUCGCAGAGAACGUUCGGCCGGGGGAAGGAUUUAGCGGGGCGGGACUCUGCUGUACGCCCAUUGAGCCCUUGCAGAUUUGGAGGAUUUUAUUCAACGGACUUUGCAGGUAG